AUGGAUCCGGUGCACGGUAUCGAGGCGAACGAUUGGGUUGAGGCUAUCAGGAGAGCAACAUGUCACAACAAACACGCACCGAGAACCCCGCGUGACAAGACUUAUGGCCUCCUCGAUGUCAGGGAAUUGCCAUUCUCAGAGCAGUCCUUCAAAGAAAUAGCAAAGAGGUUCUAUAUACACGACUCGAUCAAUGGGGUUGUAAGCCAAGCAGCGGUUUCACAGUUCUCCGCAGUCAAGGUCGACAUGGGCAGGCAAAAUGGUCGUUGCCUACCUGCACAAGUAUAUAACGCCCGCACCUCCAAUGCUUGGCAAGUUAUGUUUGGCUGCACGCUGUCAGUCGAAGCAGAGAUAUUGACACGGCUAGGGAUGGCCACUUACGAGGUUUGCCAUCCACUACUAGUUCCCAGUACUCUUAUCGAAAUUGAGAGAAAGCGCCACCUACCAAUAGUGAACAACACUCUUGACGAGCUCGAAGGGCGAAUCCUGGAGUUGGACGAGGAUCCCGAGUUUCUGCAACACAUAACGGAGACAGAAAAGGUUUCUCGCAAAAAGGCAAGAAGAUUAGCUUGGCUGGAUAUGCAGUAUCUCCGAAAUCAACUUCUGAGCUGGAGCACCUGCUUGGAAGCCUUUUACGAACAUACAGAUCACCUUAACCGGACAGUCUUUCGGGACAGGAGUUCUUAG